UAUGGCAAAGUGUUUAUGGUGUUUUAAAGAACUAGACAUUUUUGGAAUGCUUUUCCAUAAAGCUGUAUGCCUUGAAUAUCUAUAUAGCAAAUCUUUAGAUAAAUUAAAAUAGGCUAAAUAGGCAAAAACAAUAACAAAAGCAUAAUAUUUAAAGGAGAAGCGUAAUCUUAGAGAAUAUUUUAUGGCACGAUUCAAACCUAAAGUUUAUGAAGCUUUUAUUAAGAGAUAAAAAGAGCAACAAUAUAUUAUAGUUAAUCCAAACGAUUUAUCUGUUGGCUUAGAAUCUGAUAUUGAUAUAAUUUCAAAAAAAGCAUGUAUUGAAAGCUAAGAAAUUUCAUAAAAAUCAUAAUUCUUCUAAUCAUUUCAAAAUCAAAUAGACCCUGCUUAUAACUAUAUUAGAAAUAAUUAUUAAGGCAAUCAAGAUUAAUAAUCGAUGCAUUUAACAAACUAAUUUAUAAAUGAUGAUGACAACAAUAAGUAUAAUAACCAAAUAGAAUUAAAUUAGCUAGAUGAUAUGAGUAUUUAUUAAAAUUUUGGAAAUAUUAAUUUAUAGUAUGAAAACUAGUUUGAAUAGUUUCUUUAACUAUCUUUCAAAGAAGAAAAUCAUAAUUUAAAUUAAAGCGAAGAAAAAGAAAAUAGUUUUUUUUGUUGUGAAAAACCUUAAAUUUCCACUCCUUUAAGCUAUGAAGAAUAAAAAGAAAAUGCUUUAUUUAAACUACUUUAAAAAAAAGUUAAAACAAAUAUUCAAAAAGAAUUUAAACAAACUUUUUCAAAAAAUUCAAACAAAAAUGAAACAUAAACUACUAGAUUAAAAUGUAAAAAAACAAAAGGCGAAACAAAUGCUUUUGCUAUUAAAGUUGAAAAAAAUAAAGCUAAUAAAUAGUAAGAAGAUUUAGCAACAGAAAUUUAAUAAAUAGGCAAAAAUACAACUGCCAAAAAUAAUCCAUCUAAAUUUUCAAAAAUUUUUGAGAAAAUUAAGUAAAAAAAUGAUCAAUUAGUAGAAAUUUCAUCUUUAAAAGAACCAAAUAUAAAGUAGAAAAAACAAAAAAAUAUUGUAUCUAUUAAUUCGAAUACCAAAUAAAAUAAUUUAAAUCACGAGAAAGAAAAAUCUUACUCGAAAGAAAUAAUACGAACUAGAUAUUAGGCUUCAAUAGAAAAACAUUCCUACAAAGCUAAAUCAUAAAACAACUAGAGAGGAGAUAAAUAGAAAAUUAAAUAGAAAUGA